CCGCGCCGCCCUCUCCGUGUUGCCGCCUGCUCCGCGGGCCGUCACACCUUGGUUCGCGCCGUACAGCCAGCCUUCACACCCAGCGGCGACGAUGCGGUGGUGGCUGGUGGUGGCCCUGGUGGCGUGGUGCGCGGCGCCGCCGUGCCGGGCGCAGGCGUCGUUCCGCGACUACCGCGCGCUCAGCAGUAACUUCACGCGCCUGCUCGACACGCUGCUCGACAAGGAGCGCUACGACAAGCGGCUGCGGCCCGACCUCGGAGGACCUCCACUCAGCGUCACAGUGAACAUCCUCAUCAAAACCAUGAGUGAAGUCUCUGAGGGAGAUCAGCACUACACGCUGGACUGCUACUUCCGGCAGACGUGGACCGACCGCCGGCUCACGUUCGACUUCCCGGGCCUGGACGAGUUCUCGCUGUCGUGGCUGUUCCUGGACCGCGUCUGGAAGCCGGACACGUUCUUCCUCAACGGCAAGAAGUCGCACCUGCACCGCAUCAGCGUGCCCAACAAGUUCCUCCGGCUGCGCCACGACGGCCUCCUCACCUACUCCAUGAGGCUGACAAUCCAGGCUCGAUGUCCCAUGCAUCUUCGCAAGUUCCCACUGGACUCGCAAGCUUGCCCGUUGGUCAUUGGAAGCUACGGCUACCGGUCGUCGGACGUGGUGUACCGCUGGCUGGGCGGCAGCUCCAGCGUCGUGGCGGAGGGCGUCGAGCUGGCCCAGUACGACCUGGUGCGCGUCACCACCAAGGAGAACAUCAGCGUCUUUUUCGGCGACGACGAGUACUCGGUGCUCCGGUGCGUGUUCAGCAUGAAGCGGCGCACGGGCUACUACAUGCUGCAGGUGUUCCUGCCCUGCGGACUCAUCGUGUGCUGCUCCUGGGUCGCCUUCUGGAUAGACCCGGACGACGUCCCCGGCCGCGUCGCUAUGGGUGUGAUGACGGUGCUGUCGAUGGCCAACAUGGGGUUCGGAGGUCGCGCGCAGAUGCCGCGUGUCUCGUACGCCACGGCGCUGGACUACUUCGUCAUCCUGUGCUUCUCCUUCGUCUUCGCCGUCGUCAUAGAGUACGCCGCCAUCAACUUCAUCGACAAGACGCAGCUGGACGCCACUCGCAGCCAGAAGAUGAAGAAGCCCAAGACCACUGCAGCACCUGAAGGACCUCCGCCAGUGCCUGCUCUCGUUGUCGAGCUGGCAAACGAGGGAACACAGAGGGGCGAAUCCGCGGGCGAGGACAGCGGCCUGGAGACGGACGAGUUGCCCGCACGCACGCAGCGCUCUGCCAGCCUCACGCACGCGCCCAGGGACUCCCCCGUUGACGCACCAGGCGGGUCGCUGAAGGCGCCAUCGGCUGCUGGUUUGCGGAGACGCAGUGAGGCGGCGCUGUUGUCGGUGCCCGGCCUGGCGCCAGUGCGCAGGCGCAGUGUGGCGGCCAUGGCGUCGCUGCGUGGCUCCAUCAUGGACUUGCGGAGGGCUGCCAGCUCGCUGCGGCGCGAAAAGGGCGACAAGUUCUCGCGCAUCGACAUGGCCGCGCGGAAGGCCUUUCCUGUCGCCUUCACCUCCCUGCUCGGCCUCUACUGGCUGCUCUACAUGUACUACGUCACCGACGAGCUGCCUCUCAAAGCUGCCGCCAGCCUGCUCAUGGGAGCACCCGUACCUGCCAACUGAUGUCACCUCUCAUCACCUGAUCAACUACAUUCGGCACAUCUCGUACUAGCGUCUGCUGACAGGAGUCUUCACCGAGUAUGUGACUACAUGAUAUAGUUCUGCGGUGAUGAAGUCGUCAGAUCCCACUCAGAAUGUUCGCCACUCAUGUGAUGACACUUGCGGAGCACCUGAGUAGAAAAACAGUGCCAGUUCUGGCAGAAAACAAACCACAUCAUUCUGCGCUCCCUGGUAACACCAGAAGACCAUUAGUUACUGAUGGGUCCACUCUGUUACGUGUCUCCAGUUUUUAAUUCACUAGUAUUUACACCUGACUGCUUUUGGGGAGAGGAGAAGGGUUGAGUCCCAGAAAUUCUGUAUUCUGCUAUUUUUGCAUAUUUAUACAUUCAUGUAAACAAGUGUCCUCUGAAACUUGCUGGCAGAUUAGAACUGUGUUCCAGACUGGGUCUUGAAGCUGGGACCUUGGCCGUUUGCGGGCAAGUGCUCUACCGACUGAGCUAUCCAAACAUGACUCACAAACUUGCCCCCACAGCUUUACUUCUGUCAGUAGCUCGUCUCCUACCUUCUAGACUUCACAGAAGUUCUGAUGCACGUCUUGUGGGACUAGCUCUCCUGGAAGAAAGUCUAUUGUGGAGAUGCAGCAUAGUCACAGCUUUGCGGUUGUUUCCCUUAAGGUAUGUAGGAGAAUUUGUGUAAAGUUUGGAAGGAAGGGGAUGAGCCACUGGCAGAUGCAAAGCUGUGAGGGCAGGUUCAUGAGUCAUGCUUGGAUUGCUUAAUUAUUGAGCACUUGCAAAGGUCCCAGCUUCGAGUUCUAGUCCGGCAUACAGUUUUAAUUUGCCAGGAAAUUUCAAAUCAGCACGCACUCUGCUACUGAGUGAAAAUUCAUUCUGGAGUGUUCUCUGCUUAUGUAUCAGCGGCAGAGACAGCAGUUUUUGCAAUCUUUGGAUUUAACAGUUACCUUUGCCAACUUCAUUUUUAAUGUUAAUAACAGGCUCAAGCUAAAGGGAUGAAAGUGUCACUAUUCUUACAUUUUACAGUUAUUGUGUGCAAAUAGCAGUUACUCUCUAUACAUAGGUUUGAGUUCUUAGAAAGAGAUGUUUUACUAAGUUUGCAAUUUGUAGUUACUAUAUGUCAGGCAUACAAGUGCCUCGCUCCUCGUGUCCAAGCUAGAGGACCACACAUGUUACUUCGUUUCACUUCACACAUUUCUAUUCCUUGAAAGCCUUCUUUUUUGAAAAAGUGUUUUAGCUGCAGAAAUAUCACAACAGUGCUUCCAGUGUAUGGAUUUAAGCUUUAGAGAUGUAUUUCUUUUUGUCAGUAACUGGCUCUACAACUUUACUAAUAUAUGUAACAUUAUUCAGUUACCACAAUGAUUAUGCUACACAAGGGUUCUUUCUGUAAUACGAAUUCAAUAUAAAAGUUGAAUACCUCACAUUUCUUAAAUCUACUAAAUAUGAAGGUAAAUAUGUUUUGCAUAGCUAAAAAAGAAACAGAAAUAUAUGAUUUUAUGUUUACACAAGAAUUUCAUCAAUAUGUAUUAAUAUAUUUUUGUGCAACAGCAAAUAUAGAUAACAGAAUAUAUAUAGUAUCAUACAUGGAAUAUAGGUCUAUUUUAAUCUUUAUUUGUAAAGUAACAAGUGCUACAUUUUAAUUUAUAUGAUAUCGCUUGUAUAAUGCCCACUUUGUUAAUACUCGUAUAUUUAAGACGACUCGUCCAUCAAAAAAAUGUCUGAAUUCAUCUUCAUUUGGAAGCCUACACUACUCAUAUAUCUUAUAGUAUCCGUUUUACGUUCCUUUUUUGCAUGUGAUCAACAAAGCACAUUGUUAGGUUUUCGCCAUUAGCAGCAAAGACAGGAAUCCCCAAUUACUCAAAUGCAGCAACAUAGCUCGACUGCAUAAUAUUUCACUCUCGUGCAAGGAAGACAAUAUGCUCAUUUGCAGGAGAAGACAUGUGCAUACGAAAGAAAGACUUAUGCUUCACAUGAGCAGAAAGAAAAAGAAACCUUGCCGUAUGAAAAUACACCUCUGUUAAAAGGUGCUCUAUUCUUAUUCAAACAUUUGAAUGUAAUCACUUAAAGCUCACUACAUAUUAGGUCUUAUUUUCAUUUAUAUGCAGAAAAACAUAGAGUCACCAGGAUGAGUGCUCUCAAAAUGCAAUGCUCACCAGAGCAAAGGUUUACAAAGAAGGAAAAAGCUUUAUGCUGCCUUUCUAUCAGUCUACGCUACCUACUUCAGGAUGCGUGCUAUCAACAGAUGCCUUUCUUUGAAGUCACACUGUCUCACUAAGCUCUCAUUUUUGCUAUUCGAUUCCAUACUCACUCCUGGCGUAACAUAUUUCAAAAUCUUCUCUUUCUGUCUGUAGUGUUCACAAUUCAAAUUUCAUUUCCAUUUGUGAGAUAAAUACUCUUGGAAAAUGCAUCCUAAUACUUAAAUUAAUAUUUUGUUUUCUCAGGCAAGCUUUUCUCACUUUCACUAGCUGAAUUUUAUAUUUUCUUUACUUGUGCCACCGUCAGUUAUUUUUCUGCCUAUACUGCAAAACUCAGUGUCUAACUUUAUAUACACACCGAUGGAAAUAGAAAUUGUAAGAUCAUUAAGACCGAAUCUGUUGUUCAUCAAACGUUGUGGUCAUGUUCAUCGCAUAAAGGGUAUUGAAUUAUUACACUUUCAUUGUAUUAGGAAAUGACGUUCGUUGUCAACAUAAAUAUGACGUUCCCCACAGGCACAAAUAAACUCUUGUGUUUGUAGUGGAAUAGAAGCAGACAGCCUCCAUAGAAGUAGACAGCCUCUGAAUGUCAUCUUGGAAUUUCUUGCUAUACCUGUAAUACAUGCAGUGUAAGUUCAUGACAGUUGCUGACUGGAGGUUGGUAUGAAGCUAUGCGCCAUCCCAUCGCACCAUGAAGAAGGUCUGUGAAUAACAAACCAAGGGGCUGUACCUUCCUCAAAGACUUUGUGGUGUCAACUGUUGUAUGGGUUCUUGCAUUAUUGUGCUAGAAUACGGCAUGUGGUACCCUGGUCAUGAAGAGUAUGAGAACGGCGUUUAUUAUUUUUACCCCAUAAUGGCAAGCAUUGAGGCCCCCUUCAACAACUGCCAAAUCAGUCCUAUAGUCAUAUUCAGUAGCUAUCCCUACUAUGUCCUUUGCAGGUACAAAGGUAUUGGUCUCCAAAAUCGGCGCUUUGAUCUUUCGUCAGGUCGUCUACGGACAGUCGGUAGCGGGACUCAUCGCUGAACACUACACAAUGCUACUCAAUGUCUUAGUAGUCCCUGGUGUAAUGUUGAUGCAUUAAUUUGUUCUGAAAGCGGUGCUGAUAUUCAAGACAAUAAAAGCGGGUUAAAAGCCGCGAGCUAUCUGGGGAAGUUAACCUUGGAUUACUGAGCAACUGUUUCACCAGGUAUCCAGUUUAGCUUACCAAAUUCCCAACCAGACUAACAUGAAUUAUAAUCUUUUAAUAGGCAUAUGAUA